UACUACAUCUUCGAAAUCUCCAAUCUUUUCUUCCCCAAAUCUGAAAUGGAGGACUCAGUUGGAGAAUCGGAUAACGACAAUGGAAACAGAGACGAUGAGACUGCGGUGGAAGGAAACAGCUUAGGUCGCUGCCUCGAUCUCACGAGCUUUCAGCUCCAUGAUCUCAGCGAAGUUGAUAUUCCGGAGGGCCUCGUGGAGUUGGAUCUCACGGCCAAUCGGCUUUCUAAGCUGGACCAUCGGAUUGGUCUCCUCACGCAGCUUAAGAAGCUUUCAUUGCGGCAGAAUCUCUUCGAUGACGAGGGCAUCGAGCCUUUAUGCGGGUGGAGUACAAUUUCUGGCUUGCAAGAACUUGUUCUGAGAGACAAUAAAUUGUCUAAAAUACCCGAUGCAACCAUUUUCAAGGAUCUUCUUGUGUUUGAUGUGUCCUUCAAUGAGAUACCUUCGUUGAAUGGUUUAUCAAAGGUCUCAAAUACACUCAAAGAGCUCUAUGUUUCCAAGAAUGAAGUGAGAAAGAUGGAGGAGCUUGAACGUCUUCAAGCCUUACAAAUUCUUGAACUUGGUUCAAACCGAUUUAGGGUGAUGGAGAACUUGGAAAACUUGAAAAUUUUAGAAGAGUUGUGGUUAGGAAGAAAUCGUAUUAGAGCUGUGAAUUUGUGUGGGUUGAAAUGCAUAAGAAAAAUAAGUUUGCAGAGCAAUCGACUGACAUCAAUGUUAGGAUUCCAGGUAUUUAUCUGA